ACAAAGAAGACUGGCACCACCAACACCCACACCACCAUUGCCCCAUAAUCACAAACAAUAAUAAAUAUAAAUAUAAAAUAAAUGCCUAUUUAUAUGUAUUGUAUUUUAUUUUUUUCUCACAAACAAUAACACAUUAUCACUUUCUCUCUUUCUUUCCUUCUUUCUCACAUAAAAAUCCUCACCUAAUAAUAUCCAUAUUUUCUCGCUUCUCAUAAGAACAUGUUUGUGUGCUUUUCACUGAGGCAGCAGCAGCAGCAGAAGACGAAGAUGAAGAUCCGAACGCGAUCGAUCGCUUUUUUUUGAAUCGAUUCGCUUCCGAUCCUUCUGCUUUUCCUCUUUCCGGAGAUCGAUCUAUGAUCUAAGUGAGGGGAUUUUGCCAUUUAGGUGAACUGAGUGGAAUGUGAUUUGCAUGGGGUGAGGAUGCCGGAGUUGAGAAGCGGAGCCCGAAGAUCAAAACGAGUUGAUGAUCUUUACCCUGCCCCACAGCCGAUUGAUCAAGGAGAUAAUUGGUUACUGCCUGCUCAAAACAGGACCAGGAGGAGAGCUGCUGGAAGAGGAAGAGGUGGUGGUAAUGCCGCUUUAGCAAAAGGGCCUUCACCGGCAGUACCAACUAGGCCAACUGCAGCAGCUAGAGGCCGAGGCAUUAGGUUGAUAGAUUUAGACCCAGAACCCUGUGAGGUUCUUCCUGAAGCUGUUGCUCUAGGGGCUGCAGAACCCCUUUAUAAUCAAGUUGAGGUAGUGGCGGAUAUAGAUAUUGGAAUGGAGGGUGGAAGCGCUGACAAAGUAAUGGGGGUUGAGGAAGAAGCAAGCACAACUCCUGUACCUGAGAGGGUGAAAGUAGGUAAUUCUCCUGUAUAUAAGAUAGAAAGGAAGCUGGGUAAGGGUGGUUUUGGCCAGGUCUAUGUUGGCAGAAGGGUAAGUGGUGGCACUGAUGCUGACGUGACUGAGGUUGCAUUGAAGUUUGAGCACCGAAAUAGUAAAGGCUGCAAUUAUGGCCCUCCUUAUGAGUGGCAAGUGUAUAAUACUCUAAAUGGAUGUUAUGGAAUUCCUUGGGUUCAUUACAAGGGUCGCCAAGGAGAUUUUUACAUUCUGGUCAUGGACAUACUUGGGCCUAGUCUCUGGGAUGUUUGGAAUUCUUUUGGUCAAUCGAUGUCACCAAAUAUGGCUGCCUGCAUUGCUGUGGAGGCUAUAUCAAUUCUUGAGAAGCUUCACUUGAAGGGGUUUGUGCAUGGAGAUGUGAAGCCAGAGAACUUUUUACUUGGUCAACCCGGAACACCUGAUGAGAAGAAACUAUAUCUUAUAGAUCUUGGUUUGGCAUCCAGAUGGAAAGAUGCAUCGUCAGGUCAGCAUGUUGAAUAUGAUCAGAGGCCUGACAUAUUCAGGGGAACAAUAAGGUAUGCAAGUGUACAUGCUCAUUUAGGUCGGACAGGAAGUCGAAGGGAUGAUCUCGAAUCAUUAGCCUAUACGUUGAUAUUUCUCAUUAGAGGAAGGUUACCUUGGCAGGGAUAUCAGGGAGAUAACAAGAGUUUUCUUGUUUGUAAGAAAAAGAUGGCUACUUCUCCAGAGCUGAUGUGCUGCUUUUGUCCACCCCCUUUCAAGCAGUUCCUUGAAGCUGUUACGAAUAUGAAAUUCGAUGAGGAGCCAAAUUAUUCCAAGCUGAUAUCUUUUUUUGAAAGCCUGAUUGAGCCAUGCACGCCGUUAAGACCAAUUAGAAUUGAUGGAGCUCUUAAGGUUGGGCAAAAGCGGGCUAGAUUGCUUAUAAAUUUGGAAGAAGAUGAGCAACCAAAGAAGAAAGUAAGAUUAGGUAGUCCUGCUACCCAGUGGAUUUCAGUGUAUAAUGCACGUCGUCCCAUGAAGCAAAGAUAUCAUUACAAUGUAGCAGAUACAAGGUUGCGUCAGCAUGUAGACAAGGGGAAUGAAGAUGGAUUAUAUAUCAGCUGUGUGGCCUCAGCAACAAAUCUCUGGGCCCUAAUAAUGGAUGCUGGAACAGGUUUCUCUUCCCAGGUUUAUGAACUGUCAGCAGUCUUCCUGCAUAAGGACUGGAUUAUGGAACAAUGGGAAAAGAAUUUCUAUAUCAGUUCAAUCGCUGGUGCAGCUAAUGGGAGCUCCUUGGUUGUUAUGUCCAAAGGAACUCCUUACACUCAGCAAUCUUACAAAGUGAGUGAAUCUUUUCCUUUCAAGUGGAUAAAUAAGAAGUGGAAAGAAGGUUUCCAUGUCACAUCCAUGACAACCGCUGGCAGUCGCUGGGGUGUUGUAAUGUCCAGGAAUGCGGGAUAUUCUGAUCAGGUUGUGGAGCUUGAUUUUUUGUAUCCAAGUGAAGGAAUUCAUCGGCGAUGGGAAAGUGGUUACAGGAUAACAUCCAUGGCUGCCACUGCUGAUCAAGCUGCUUUUAUACUAAGCAUACCAAAACGUAAAACAAUGGAUGAAACUCAAGAAACUCUGCGUACCUCUGCCUUCCCAAGCACCCAUGUAAAGGAGAAAUGGUCCAAAAAUCUGUACAUCGCUUCAAUAUGUUAUGGAAGGACUGUGUGUUAAGUUGUGGAGGUGUAUAAUUGGUGUCACCCCAAAGAAGAAUUUUGAAGGCUGAGAGGGUUUAUGCAGGCUUGAUAUGGGAAUGGGCGGGUUAGAUUUCUCAUACAGGUUAAAGAAAAUCGAGGCUCCUUAUAUAAAAUCUUCUUCAUAGAUGAAUGUAAAAAUGAAAGGAAAAAGAAAAUAGAAUUGAGAGUUGGAAAGCAAAGUACCCUUAACCAAUCUGGUCUACUGGGGUAACAACGGUUUGCCAAAAACAUAUAUAUGGCAAUUGCUGCCAAAGUUGUGUUUCAUAACGGCCAAUGUGCUUUUAAAUUAUUUUAAAAUGGGAAACAAAUCCCAUUUGCAUCA